AUGGGGCGUAAGCUUCGUAUAGCCGGCUUGGAGUCCAGUGGGGAAAGUGGGUCUUCCGUGAGGUCGGCCACUCUGUGGAAUCGCGAGGCGCGGGCGCCGCCGGUGCAGGCCGAUAAGUUUUAUUGUCGGAGUUUCGUGCUCAUUCCGAGGCGCAUACAUUACGUUACCGGUCUCUCGUGCACCGACCAAGUGAGCGUCGACACUAGAGAAGUCACCCUCAAGGGCUCCCCUGGCAACGUCACGUGUUGCUCGUCACGUCGCACGUGUCACGUGUGCCGUGUCACGUGCACGAGCCCCGUAAUUGGCCCCAACUCACCCCCAGACUACCCUCCGCCUACUCUCCAUACAGACUGCCACGACGCAACCCUUAUAACUGAAGUAUUUAGCUCAGCGGAGUGCCAACGAGUGGAGUGUGACGCGAACAAAGCGCGGGCCCUCGUGUCGGUCAGGGCCAAGGCGACCUGGUGGCUUGGUGACGUCACUGCACUUUGGACCGUGUCCUUGCGGCUGCUAUGUUCUCCUGGUGGACGCCAAUCGCUGCGAAUGCAUCCUGUUGUAACUAGACGCGUAUACGGACAAUAUUUGAGUGUCGUAUUU